CGUCAUCAAAGGUCUUUUAGCUCACCACCUUAUACAUAAUCAAAAAGCAUAUGUAUCGCCUACAUCCCCCCGUGUUUGAUGUCACCAAAGGUCCUCCAAGCACUAUCCUCAAUACAGAUAAGUAACCGAUCAAGAUUCUUGCAUAAUACCAUCUGACAUCCCCUCAUUGUAUCCUCCGCAAGAUAUCUGUCCAGGAAUGAUCCACCCAAAAAUGGAAAAAGACAGGAGCAAAAUAGCUGAGAGCAUCAUAAAACUUACGUUGGAGAUCAUUUACCUGCUUACUGGAGAGGAUUACACCAUAGUGAAGAAGUUGUCUGAUAAACAUCUGGCGGCUAAUACAUAUCCCUGUGAGCCUGGAGGAUGGAUCGGUAACCUAAGCACCAUUAUGUUACCUCCAACUAAGUCACUGAUAACCGAGGGAGGCAAUGCACAGAAAAUAAUACAACUUACCAACAAGAUCACGGAACUACUGACCGGAGAGAUCCCUGUAAGGUGUCAGGACGUCACUGUCUAUCUCUCCAUGGAGGAGUGGGAGUAUUUAGAAGGACACAAGGAUCAGUAUACGAAUGUCAUCAUGGAGAACCACCAGCCCCUCACACCACAGGAUGGACACAGUACAAGAAAUACACCAGAGGACUGCCGCAGUCUUCUUCAGGAUGGUCCGGAGGAAAUUCACAGUGUCCUACAGGAUGAUCAGAAUCAGGGUGAAGAUCUGGUUAAUAUUAAAGCUGAAGCUACAGGACAAGAUGAGCCAUGUAUGAGGGCAGAUGCACAGUGUAAAAACCGAGAAAUUCCCACAGAUCUCGGCACAGCAGAUUACCACCAUGCCAACAACGAAGACAGAGACCGGCAUCUCCUUAUAUAUCCAAAGAAUGAAGAGAAUGAAGUAGAUACGACUAAGAGGCGUCCAUUUCCCCACCAGAAACCCUCAGUCCUUCAGGGCAGAGAUCUAUCAUCUGAUCCCAAUGAACCUUCUUCUAACCAAUCUCAUAAAAAUAAACUUUUCCAGUGUUCAGAAUGUGGUAAAAGUUUUAAAAAGAAGUUUAAUCUUACGAUGCAUAAGAGGACCCACAAAGAUGAGAAGCCGUUUUCAUGUUCUGAAUGUGGAAAAGGUUUCACCAGGAAAUCGGGUCUUGUUACCCACGAGAGAAUCCACACCGGGGAGAAGCCGUAUUCAUGUUCCGAAUGUGGGAGGUGUUUUACCCAGAGAUCAAUUCUUGUUGAGCAUCAGAAAUUUCACUCGGGGGAGAAGCCGUUCUCAUGUUCAGACUGUGGGAGAGGUUUUAUCCAGAAGUCGGACCUUGUCAUACACCAAAGAAUCCACACCGGCGAGAAGCCAUUUUUCUGUCUGGAGUGUGGGAAGUGUUUCACGCGUAAACAGCAUCUUGACAGUCAUCAGAAGGUCCACACAGGGGAGAGGCCGUUCUCAUGUUCAGAAUGUGGCAAAUGUUUUACCCAGAAGUCAGACCUUCUUAGGCAUCUGAAGGUACACACGGGGGAGCGGCCAUUCUCAUGUUCGGAGUGUGGCAGAACGUUUACACGGAGAUCAGUUCUUGCUGAACAUCAGAGGAUUCACACCGGGGAGAAGCCAUAUUCAUGUCCUGAUUGUGGGGACAGCUUUUGCCUGAAAUCCCAGCUGGUCAAACAUCAGACAACUCACACGAGGGAUGAUGCUCCUACAGGACCGCUAACAUCAGAAUUGUUAAAAGUCAACAAAAUUGUUAAAAGUUGUUAAAUAUUUAU